AUGUCUGUAAGAGGGAUACAGGAAUACCAUACUUUCGAUAUACGUAAACAAGCUGGAUUGAUGGGUAAGGAGAGAGGUGGACCGGUGGGCAAUUUAGAUAGUAUGUGGACGGUUGCUGUGCUACUUGAAGCCAUUUCAGGUAGCAGCUCUGAAGCUUUGACAACAGGGCUUUCAGGAUCUUCACCGCCACUGAUCUCGGGGCCGCUAUUCUGCCGACAGCCCCGUUUCGUUCAUUCAAGUGACUCGAAGGUUCGCCCAGUUACGAGGGCCACGUGGUCUCAGAUGGUCGUGGGCAAAGUGGAUCGGUGGGUAGAAGGUCGAGGUAAGCCGCUGUUGCAGACCUACAGCGCCAUCGUAACAAAAGCGUUGGUCCUAGCCAUGGCUUGUGACUGCUGA